AUGGCGCACUGGGCUGUCGGAGACCUGACUUCAUACGCGGGCACCCAGGCCAAGAUCCGUUUCCUCGGCGCGGUUCGUUUCGCAGAAGGGACAUGGGCCGGACUACAACUCGGCGAAAAGAAAGGCCGAAACAACGGGACUGUGAUGGGUACGCGCUACUUCAGUUGUCCUCCCGGCCACGGGCUUUUCGUGCUGGCUGAGAAAUUGACGCCACCGAUCCCCUCGAAGAUUACAAGGAAGGCUGCACCGAUCCUCUCCAGCAACCAAAAGGAACUCACGGCACGCGCACCCCCUCCUCCCAAUAACACCAACCCGGCGGUCGCCGACGCCGAUCGACCUGUGUGCACCGGCCAGCUCGUCCAGCAGGAAAGGGCAAAACCAAUCUACGCCCCGGCCGUCAAGGAUCCAAGAUUUCCGCUAGAUCUCGGAAAACGUCUUUUGGAUGGAGCACAACUGAAAACUCGUCAAGCGAUGCAAAUGCUGGGCCGCCACUUCCUCGAUUCGGACGAUCUCAGCGCACUCAACAUCACCUUUGUCGACAUCGUUGACGCGAUUAUGGAAGGGCUCACAGACAACGACCACGAGAUGGUUGACACCGACAGCAAGAUGGGCGACGCCGCUUGCGCGGCCUUCUCCCGCAUCGUGUGCAACCUGUACGAGGAGGAAAGCUUCGUCAACGCCGUCCUCGACCAGAAGUACGAUCUGGCGUGCAAGAUUGUCAACGUGCUCCGCGAGGUCACCACCAAGUUCUCGGCCACCACGGAGCUGCUCAUUGCCGUCCGGUUGUUGAUGGGAUGCAGCAGCGAUUUUGCGCUGAAGCUUCACCAUGUCGGCGCCACGAGCACGAUCGCCAAUUUGCUGUCCGCGUUGUCGUCGAAAAGGGCCAUCAACAGCUUCAUCGACCUGCGGGAGCUGAUCUACAUGUGUGGAGAAUUGGCGCCAGCGCUUCCGGAUACCAGCAUCUUCGACAUCGACAAGCACAUCGUCAAUCAGACUGGCACUCAUCGCCGUCAGCAUCAACCUGCUUGGCCGAGCACGUCCAGUGAGGAGCGUCCUUUCGACCAGAUUUGCGCUCUGCUCACAGCUCCUCUCGUUUCUGUCGCUGCUAGCGUCACCGACCCGGUCGUCCACUUUGGUGUCAUCCGCGUGCUCGUCCGUCUCCUCCUCCCCUGUCACCACGUCGACUUGUUCGAGCUGUUGGAGGAUUCGGAGUAUGCCAACCCGGUGAUGCUCGUUUCGCUGAUCAAAGACGCGCUGGCGUACACCCCGCAGCGUGCCCACCUCGCUGUUGCCACGGUUCAGCUCAUCAGAACCAUGCUGGAGAAAGACUCGUCCAAGAACUCGUCAUGUAACUUCCGCGACCACGGCAUCUGGGAGUCUGUCGAGCGCCUGGUGGAGACGUUGGGAGGUCGAGACGAGAAGCACAAGGCCAUCAACGCCUGGCUGGUUGAGCAUUGCCGGGAGGUGCUGCAAGAGAAGCACGUGCAAGUGAUCCAGAGCGAAGUGCCGAACUCCGACGAGCCGAAGUUGGUGAUCGGAUUGACGACGAUGGAUGUGUGCAUAUUGGGCGAGCGGGAGACGAUCCCCGAGAUGCAAGUCGUGGCAAUGGUCGAAUCGCUGACCGGCGUGAAGGCAGUGGCCCAGACCAUCGAGCAGCUCACGACAAUCCGAUAUGGCUUGGUUUGGGCAGUGAGAAUGCAGCUUUCUGGGAAGCCCGAUCUCGUCAACUUCAAGUCAGGUCUUCAAGCCGACGUCAGCUUUCUCGUGCUUGACAUCUUCGUGAACGGCGCUGAGAUGAGCACGUCGCUGGCCCACACCGCGGCGGGCCGGGAUCCGCGUCUGCACUGCAAGUUGUGCGGCUUCAAGACGACCGAGGAGAAGCUGAGGGGCGAAACCGAUUCUCUGCUUUGCGGCGGCUGUCGCCACCAUCUUGAGCGCCGCAGCCCCGACGAUGAGUGCAACGACACGUACACUUGCCGCAUCUACAGGAGCUGCACCUGGGAGGGCGAUGAAGUCGCCAUCGAUCGAUCGUGCCGCAAAUGUCUAUGGGAUCGCGCGGUUCAGAUGAACCUGGUCAAUCCUCUCAAGCCGCCGCGGCCGCCGCAGAAGACGACGGAAAAGAAGGAGCCGCGACAGCUCAAGAUGAAGAGGACGUUGAAGGCGACUGAGGAGCAGCAGGACGGGGACGGCGAACGCAAGGAGAUGGAAGGCAAAAAGAAAGUGCGAAAACCGAAGGCCGCGCAGAAGCCGAAAAUCGAGAAGAAGACCAAGAAAAUU